AGAUGCACACACGCUGUAACUCCUGCCGUGCCCUACGGGAGGAUCUGCUACCUGUGCAGUUUAUUCCGUAUCGGCUCGGGUGAUAAGUCGACGUGACAGAGAUAUUACGCAUGCUGGAUCGGCGAGGUGGAUGAGAGCACAGACUACUUUUGCGGGGACUUUCCCGAAGAGCAUUUAAAAUGUAAAGAGUUUGCACUUCCCGAACGCUUUCCCCAGCUGAUCGAGGUUGGAUGGUGCACACUCUACGACACGGAUCCUGCUUUUGGAGUAACUUACUCUGUAUUCCUUGUGAGGUAUUUGGUGGAGAUCUGCGCAGUAUAGAUGAUGUGGUUUGCGCACAUCCACCGUUGGUCUGAACCGACUCACCGCGUUUUACCUGGGCGCUCGCGGAUGAUUUUGCGCUUCUGAAAUCUCCUGCGCGCACUAAAGCAGGACUCAGAUGUUGAAAAAAUAUAAAAAGGCUGAACACUGAAUCCUCUACUGAAGACGGCAAGCGAAGAUGUCUCCUACCUGUUUAGUGUGUAUUUCAUUAGAUUAGCGUCCAGUCUAAUAAACAUAAUCAGCGAUGUAGUGAGCCUGUUCAUCUGCGUGCUCAUAAUUUGCAGUAAAUAUUCACAUCUGCUCAAAAGGGAGACCAUGAAGAUGAUCCUCCUGCGCAAAUUCCGGGUUUUGAUCCUUAUGGUGUUCCUGAUUGCGUGCUCCAUGCACAUAAUGAUAGACUUGUUACCAAAGCUGGAGAGGCACGGGAACAACGGCUGUUCGUGCUCCCACACGCCGAGCGAGGAGCCUCAGAACUGGGGGAAACAGGGCUGGCCUAACAAGCACACGCUGCGGAUCCUCCAGGACUUCAGCAACGAGCCCAGCUCCAAUGUUUCCUCCCACUCCCUGGAAAGGAUCCCGGCCACAGGAGACAAAACGCAGGCUCUCAGGAGGCUGGAGCAUCUCGGGCAACGCGCAGACAGAAAGAGACAUUUCAUCCAGGACGUAAACAAAAACAUGCCGGUGAGGGGUUCAAGGUUGUCGGCUCUCUUCGACCACCCCUUAUAUAAAAGAUCCCCGCCAACUCUGACCGACGAGGACACGCUGUUCAACGUCAACACGGACCUCAGAUUUGAUCCCAAAGCUGCAGAGGAUCAGGCAUGGAAUACUGAAGGCAACCAGGAGGAGUUCAGCCCAACAGGGGAGCUGGCGUCCGACUCCUACCCCAACUGGCUCCGCUUCCACAUUGGGAUUAACCGAUACGAGCUGUACUCCAGGCACAACCCGGUCAUCGACGCUCUCCUAAAGGACCUGGUCAGCCAGAAGAUCACCAGCGUUGCAAUGAAGUCUGGAGGCACUCAGCUGAAGCUCAUCAUGACCUUCCAGAACUACGGCCAGGCUCUCUUCAAACCCAUGAAGUAA